CAGUUUGGGGUGAUGAAAUUAUGUGGAUUCUAAAAAAACGAGCCCGCUGAAGACAUAUAAGGCAGACAAAGAGACAGUCAAACAUCAGUAUCUAUUAGUAGCCCUGCUGGAAGAAAGAAGUUUCACAGCUCCAAAAAGAUGGACACCUGGAUCCUCCCCGUGUUGUUGUUGUUGACCAGCUACUGUUGUCACGGCGUCUUGGCUUGCCCACACCUGUGCACCUGCUAUUUUUCCACCAAUACAACUCAGGUGGUCUGCAGUGGACCCUCUGUGUCCCACUUUCCCCUCGUAGGUCUCCCAGGCAACACAACGCUGCUGUCAAUCGAGAACACCAAUCUUAGCUCUAUAUCUGCCCAUCAUCUGGAGGCCGUACCCUUUCUGCAGGAACUGCAUUUGUCAAGUAAUCAGCUUAGCAGUCUUCCAGAGAACCUGCUGAAGGGUCUGACCCACCUACACACACUGGAUCUCACGGGGAACCAGCUAGAGCAUCUGCCCCCAGGGGUGUUCCACCAUGCCCCACUGCAGAACCUGGUGCUCAGAGACAACCUGCUGCACAGGGCUGAGUCCAGCUGGCUCCCUGUCAACAGUAACCUCACCACGUUAAACUUGGCGGGCAAUCACCUCGAUACUAUUCCGACUGCCCUACUUCAAAACCUGCCCCAGCUGAAGACGUUAGACCUGAGCCAAAACCGUCUGGAGAAGAUAGCAGCCGGCACCCUGAGCACGCUGUCCAAUCUGCAGAGACUCCACCUGGAGGAAAACAAGUUGAACUCCAUUGACCCCUCGGCCUUCCAUCACAACAAUAAGCUCACACACCUGUUCUUGCAGGAGAACCGACUGGAGAAGCUGCCCCUGGGCCUCUUGCAGGGCCUGCACCGCUUAGAAGUCCUGACCCUCAAUGACAACCAGCUCCAUUUCCUGCCCUAUGGUCUGCUGGAGAAGUUGCCUUCACUGGGGGCUAGCACUGGUCAGGGAGUGGACCUCUCCAAGAACCCCUGGGAAUGCAAGGCCAAAGCGGCCUACCUGUGGAAGUGGCUGCGUGCCAACAGGGAGGUUUUGUUCAGUCCUGAAGAUAUCCAGUGUAGGAGCCCUGAAUCCCUAAAGGGGAGGCCUGUCUUGUCUCUGACUGAAGAAGAGAUACAGACCGAAUAAAAUCUCAGGGGGUUGUACAAUAAUCGUAGAUUUAUUCAUUUUACCUUUACUCAUAUAGCAGAUGCUUUUCUCCAACUCGACGUACAUCUUAGA